UGACCCAGCGGGUUGCCAGAUUAACGUUGAGAAAGCACCCUUCUGGUGAAAUUGCGUAUUUUCCUUGAGCCUGGCAACCAGCGUACGAGCAACACUGGACGACGUACACUCAAAAUCAUGGCGGAUGAAGUUGAGCAGCAACCGACAACCAACACAGUCGAGGAGCCACUGGAUCUGAUUCGACUUAGUCUCGAUGAGAGGAUCUACGUCAAGAUGAGGAACGACAGGGAGCUCCGCGGCCGACUGCAUGCCUAUGAUCAGCACCUAAAUAUGAUCCUGGGUGAUGUGGAGGAGACAGUGACGACGGUGGAAAUCGACGAAGAGACUUAUGAAGAACUUUACAAGUCGACCAAGAGGAACAUCCCCAUGUUGUUCGUCCGAGGAGAUGGUGUAGUCCUUGUAGCUCCCCCUCUCAGGGUGGGCUAAGCCCUAACAUCCUCUGUUGUUUGGAGCGCUUGGGACCGUGGCGAAGUUGAAGUUUGAGGAGGAGGACGGUGCUGUCAUAAGAAGAGUCUGAAAUUAGAAUGGUUUAAAACUCAAUCAACACUCUCCUCAUAGAUUGAAGGUUAGGAGCAAAUUCUCAACUUUUAAUUUAAUUUACAAGCAUUGCAAACAUGUUCAGAGAGGGAAAACAAACUUCUGUUCAAGUGAGAGCCUGUUUUAUUUAGGCAAAUUAUUUUUCAAUAACUUGGUGGUCUCUGCAGGUACGGGCACAUGUUAGUGUUAUCAAAGGACUAAACUGCUGAUCCCAUUCUUUACAAAAACAGACAAAACGGCAGAAUUUAGUUUCAUUCAUAAAUCUGAAAUGAUUCAUCAACCGAACUUUUCUGUUUCUUCAAAGUAAAAGUCCCGCAGCUACUCCAAACCUGCAAAGUGUGAAUACUUGGCAUGUUGUUGGCUUUCUGUUUAAUGUUUAACUUUUUUAUAUAUAUUUUUGUAGUAUUGUUGGGACUUGUUGGAACACCAUCUUCAGAUGGGUAAACAUUUUGUUUUCAAUAAGUUUGGUGAACUUCAAUUAAAAAAGGUAAUUUAAAGAA